AUGUGCGCAGCACGAGGGAGUGCUUUGAUAUGUUUGCGGACUACUAGCUUUACUACAAGAGCUAUGUCAGGCCCAAAAGAAGUUGUGAAGGAGGCUGUGGUAAGCUACAUUACUUAUCCUUAAUAUUUGUACUUAAUGUCUACUUGAAAUACUACUUUAACUAAAAUUAUUUUGAAAGUUGAUUUAAAAUGAAUGUUCAGAGACGAAGAUUGUUACCGAACAGAAGGUUUCGUAUCCUGAUGACAGAAGACGAACGUGCAGCCAAGUUAACAGCCAUUCAAGCAGCUCAACAAGAAGUCGUGCCUCCAGGCAUUUUUGCAAAGUUUAAAUUUUAUUUCAAACGGUAUUGGUAUAUUGCAAUUCCCGUCUAUUCAGCAACAUGUGUAAUGUGGUUCUGCGGACUGUUUGUGGCUGUCAAAAGGUAAGUAAUUAUCUGGUCAUACUUGUGCGUUGUCUACUGUAAGGGUACAGCCAUAUUUUGAUUACAACUUUUACUUUUCAGUGGGAUAGAUGUCAUACAACUGCUUCAGACCUUGCACAUGCCAGAUUCGGUGAUAGAAAAGGUCAAAAGCAUCCCAGAAACAGCCGGGAAGCUCGUUAUCACCCUUUUAUUGUACAAAGUAAGUCAUUUCAAUUGUGAUGUGUACCUUUAUCUAAAUUUUCAUUGAAGUGUAAGCAUAUUACAUUACAUUUAUAGUUAGCUACGCCUCUUCGCUACGUGACUGGUCUAGUUGGUAUCCGAGUGGCGUUCGUGCUGCUUCGGAAGAUGGGGCUACUGAGGACGGCUCGUGAAGUUGAAUUCAGUGUCAGAACACGAUAUGCAGAUCUCAAUCGCCGGCGCAUCCAGGCAGCCGCUCAGUCUAUGGCCAGGAUAAAGAACAAAAAAGGAAAGUCAAACUCAACUUAA